GAUCGACGCCGCGGAAGUGCCGUAACGUGGUGUCCGCUGGUGUCCACCGUCUCUCCUCCGUUGAAUCGUGGACCGCACGCACGACACGGACUCGUCGUGACUGUCGUGAUCGUGACGCGACGUUGCGAGAGGAUCGCUCAUUAGGAUUUCUGUCCGCGCGGAAACGGCGCGCGUUACCGGAGGGUUCUAGGCAAGAAAAAGAAUAAGACAGACGGAGCAAGAAAGAAGACAAAAAAGAAAGCGGAACAGAAAGAAAGAGAGAGAGAGAGAGAGACGGAUUCUCAAUUUCUGUAGCUUUUGACGACCGUUGUGAAUUGGCCAGAGUCCAUCAGAAUACUCCAGAAUUGGCCGAAUGGCGCACGCACGGCUCAGCUGUACGUCCGUGCGCCUCGCGGAAUAAUGCAUCUUCCUCCCGGGGAUUUCUCUCGUCUGGAUGACAGCGCCUGCCAGCGACGGAACGUAGGGUGACGUCGAUGAGGUGAGAAAGUAUGGAGCGUUCAUCGGACGUCGCAGUUACACCUCGCUCGAGUCGUUUCUACAUUUAGCCUUACGAUAGAUCUCGAUAGUCUUUAAUGCGACAGAAACAGUACGUUGUUGAGGCACAGUAAUCCAAACUCCUGUAAGGAGAGAUGGAUGCGGUGUGCGAUGAGGACAGGCGGAGACGCCUGUGGGCUUUGGAGGAGCGUAUAAAGGAUCCUAGAAGUGUCACGAAUAUCGACUGCUUGUUGGACACGGUUCAAGCCCUGGUAACAGAUUGCGAUCAUACCAGUGUAAAACGUAUGAAGAAUAUAGAAGCUUAUAUGAAUAGAUAUGACUCUGUAGCCCAAGAGAUUUUUAAAAUGCGAAUGCGCAUGGACGAUUUUACUUUGAUAAAAGUAAUCGGUCGCGGCGCGUUUGGAGAAGUGCAGUUGGUUAGACACAAAUCUACGCAAAAAGUUUACGCUAUGAAAUUACUUAGUAAAUUUGAAAUGAUUAAAAGGUCGGAUUCCGCAUUUUUUUGGGAAGAAAGAGACAUAAUGGCUCACGCAAACUCACCAUGGAUAGUCCAGCUCCAUUUUGCGUUCCAAGACCAAAAGUAUCUCUACAUGGUGAUGGAUUACAUGCCGGGCGGAGAUCUGGUUAACUUGAUGUCGAAUUAUGAAGUGCCAGAGAAAUGGGCAAAAUUUUACUGUGCCGAAGUGGUGCUCGCAUUGGACGCGAUACAUAAUAUGGGUUUCGUUCAUAGAGAUGUGAAACCGGACAACAUGUUGCUCGAUAGACAUGGCCAUUUGAAACUUGCCGACUUUGGCACGUGUAUGAGGAUGGAUGCUGAUGGUUUAGUGCGAUCUGAUACUGCGGUUGGUACACCCGAUUACAUAUCUCCGGAGGUUCUGCAGUCACAAGGUGGAGAAGGAGUAUAUGGUCGCGAAUGCGACUGGUGGUCCGUGGGUGUCUUUUUAUACGAGAUGUUGUUUGGCGAUACACCGUUCUUUGCCGAUUCUCUAGUCGGCACAUAUUCUAAGAUCAUGGACCACAGGAAUUCGCUGUACUUCCCUCAAAAUGUUGAGAUAUCUCACUCAGCGAAAAACUUAAUAUGUGGCUUCCUCACCGAUAGAACAAAGCGCCUGGGUCGCAAUGGCGUCGACGAAAUCAAAAGCCAUCCAUUUUUCAAGAAUGAUCAAUGGACCUUUGAUAAUUUGAGGGAAUGUGUACCGCCGGUAGUGCCUGAGCUUUCCGGGGACGAUGAUACCAGCAAUUUCGAUGAUGUUGACAAGGAGGAUGGGCCAGAGGAGAGUUUUCCAGUACCUAAAGCUUUUUCCGGAAAUCAUCUGCCUUUCAUCGGAUUCACUUAUUCGGGUGAUUACCAGCUAAUGGUUACUUACGGCAAGGAAUCCGUGGAUGGUCUUGAGAAUCACGUCAACAAUGGUACUACCGACGAUAUCAAGAUUUCGCAGCUAGAGAAUUUAUUGGAACGUGAGAGACGGCAAGUGGAGACGAUGGAGUCGAGACAGAAGGCACUAAACACGCAAUUGGAAACGAUGGCAUGUCGAGAGGUUGAGUUGCGCGAGGAAGUUAGCAGGGCGGAUAAGGAGUUGACGCUACUCAGGCACAACUAUAAAGAGGCGCAACGCAGAGUAGAGCACGAGACAGAAACUCGUCGUAAGGCGGAGUCACUGUUGGUAGAGGUAAAGAAAAAAUUCGAUGAGGAGCAGACGAGACGGGCGCGAGAUGCUAGUAACUCACAGCAGACAUCCGAGCGAGUGACGACGUUGGAGAAACAGAUCAAAGAGAUGCAAUGCAAAUUGGAGAGAGAAACGGAAACGGUUACGAGAUUACGCAAACAAGCGACGGAAAUCACCGUGGCGCGUCAAGCCGCCGAGCAAAUGGCGAAUGAAUUGCAAGUUGCCCGAGCUCAGUUGCAAGCACAGCGUGACAACUUACAACAAGAAGUUGCUACUCUCCAGGGCCAGCUUUCCAAAGAACGUAGUUCGAGAUCGCAAGCGUCAUUAUUGACGGCCGAAUUAGAGACUCGUCUUUCCACUUUGCAUCUCGAGUUAGAACGUAGCCAUGAGAAAGAGGAGAAGGCGACUCUGGACAACAGGCAACUAACUGAAAGAGUUUCUGCGUUGGAGAAAGAAGCUGCUAGCUUAACAUUGGAACUGAAAGCCGCGCAAGCUAGAUAUAAUCAGGAAGUUGUGGCGCAUCAAGAGACGGAGCGUUCGCGUAUUCUUUCCAAGGAAGAAGCCAAUCUGGAAGUUGUAAAAGGACAAAAGAAUGGAAUUUUUGAAGUAAAAUUAAACGAGGAGAAAAGUGGAAGACAACGUGCGGAAUUACUUGCGCAGGAAAAGGAACGACAGACGUCAAUGCUCUCUGUCGAUUAUAGACAGAUACAGCAACGAUUGCAGAAAUUAGAGGGUGAACACAGGCAAGAGAUGGAGAAAGCCAAAGUUUUGCAGGGCCAAGUUGAACAGGAGCAACAAAAAAGAAACGUUCUGCAGACCGAAUUAGGCCAGCAAACGUCCGAAGCCGGCAGACUUCGCGCUCGCGAACAACAAUUAGUCGGAGAAGUUGCUCAGUUGAGGGAAGCUAAGCGGCAAAUAGAAGAAGAGUUACAUCACUUGAAGACACAAAGAAACGUCGAUCAGUUACAGACAAAGGAACUGCAGGAACAACUGGAAGCCGAAGCUUAUUUCUCGACUUUGUACAAAACACAGACACAAGAGUUGCGCGAAGAGUUGGAUGAUAAAUUAAGAGCACAACAAGAAUUGGAAGAAGAACGUAGCUCUCUUGUCCAUCAGCUGCAGUUAUCUUUGGCGCGCGGUGACAGCGAAGCUCUGGCCAGAUCCAUAGCCGAGGAGACUGUGGCGGAUUUGGAGAAAGAAAGAACCAUGAAAGAGCUAGAGUACAAAGACGGAGUAACUAAGCAUCAUCAGGAAUUAAGCGCGAAGGAACAGAUCAUAAAUAGACUUAAAGAGAACGAGAGUGAAUUCAAGAAAUCAGUUGAUCAAACUCUGAAGGAAAAAGAAGACUUGAGCAAGCGAUAUAAGGAAUUGCAGGAGCAACUUGGUAAAGCACAGUCCAACGUGGAGGAAAUUGAAAAACUAAGCAGCAAAUUAAAGACUGAGCAAUUAUUGAAGCAACAGGCAGUCAACAAAUUAGCCGAGAUCAUGAACCGAAAGGAUCUUUCGUCAAGUGGAAAGAAUAAGAAUAAAGCGUCCGCUGCAGAUCUUAGGAAGAAGGAAAAAGAUUGCAGGCGUUUGCAGCAAGAACUCACUCAAGAGAGGGAGAAGUAUGGACAACUGGCAGCUAAAUGGCAAAAGGAUUUGCAGGAUUUGCAAGCGCAACUCGUAGAGGAGAAUCAGGCGAAGCUAAGGUUGCAGAUGGAACUCGACUCGAAGGACUCGGAAAUAGAAACGCUGCAAAUGAAAAUCGCGUCACUCAACUCGGAAACUGCAAGUGUCUCAUCUAUAGAGAACGACGACGGUGAAGACUCUGUCCUGUCUGAGCACGGUACGAUGAGAUUGGAGGGUUGGUUAAAUGUGCCAAAUAAGCAAAACAUUAAGCGGCACGGUUGGAAGAAGCAAUAUGUCGUUGUUUCUUCCAAGAAGAUAAUCUUCUACAACAGCGAAAACGAUAAAAUGAACGCUGAUCCGGUCCUGAUAUUAGACUUGAAUAAAGUCUUCCAUGUUAGAUCUGUUACUCAGGGUGAUGUUAUCCGAGCCAAUGCCAAAGAUAUACCCAGAAUAUUUCAGUUACUCUACGCUGGUGAAGGUGAAGCAAGGCGGCCCGGUGACGAGGGGAAUACACUGCCUGGAGUGGAUUUACCACAGCUCACAGAUAAACCUGGUACUCAGUCGCUGAAAGGCCAUGAGUUCGUGUCAAUAUCUUAUCAUAUGCCAACGACCUGCGAAGUCUGUUCGAAGCAACUGUGGCAUAUGUUUCGGCCUUCGCCGGCCCUCGAAUGCCGAAGGUGCCGUAUUAAAGUUCACAAGGAACAUUUGGAUAAGAAAGAAGAUGCCAUAGCCCCGUGCAAACUACACUAUGACCCGAACAGCGCCCGCGAGCUACUGCUGCUCGCGGCUAAUCCUGAGGAUCAAAAGUAUUGGGUCUCGCGGCUAUCCAGGCGCGUCCAGAAAUGCGGCUACAAGGCGAAUUCGCACAUGGAUGGCACGGGACAGCGCGUCUCGCCAAGGGAAUCCACAAGGUCGACUUUAAAGCCGUACUUAUCGGUGCAACAACGAUCUGCAACAUUGCCAGCGAACGCCAGUAUGGGCAAGUGAUCAUGGAAGAGACUAGUACUGGCGAUUUUAAAACAACUCCGCUUACGAUCUGAUGUCCCACUUCCUUCGAUAACAAGUGGAAAUAUCGGACUGUCGUAACCAACUAUCACGACCUCGCGAUUUUCUCUACGCACCUGACGACCGCAGUAGACUGUCAAUAAUUUCCUAGAUUGAGAGCAAUCGAAAUAGCGAUCGCGAUCGUAAUAUUACUAUUUGCAGCUAAGAGUAAGUGUGAAAUCCAAGUUUGAGAAUCGCUGGAGAAAACAGGGUUAUUUAUAUAUCGGAUGAUAAACGGAUAUGAUAUGGGAGGGAAAAUAGUCUCUUUGCGCGCCAUUGUCGUUCUCGAAACGAUAACACAGAAUCACAGAGAUGAGCUAUGUUCUUCGGAAUCGCUAGAUAGUUUAUUCGUGAGCGACGAUAAAAUAGUGUAAUAAUCUUUUUGUACAUUGUAUUCAUCAUACUCACGAUAGAUUGUAGAACAUUCUUUCGAAGGAUAAUCGAAUUUCUGUGAUGAUUUUCCUGAUUGGAACUAUACUCGACUUUGUACGCACAUUUCUUACUGCCUUUGAUAAAUGUUGUAACGGCGAAUCUUGAUGGAAACUUUUAGCUUAAGUCAUUUUUUGGAUGCUUUAAACCGAAAUUUCGGAAACUUGUAUUAAAGAGUAUAGUAUUUUGAAAUUGUUUUAUAUAUAUAUAUAUAUAUAUAUAGAACGUUUUCCGAGACCGUGUGUGUCAGUAGAUACAUGCAUGAUUCUUGUUUUUAACAUAACUUGCGUCUUAGAAUGGAUUUAUUUAAUGUCUGAUAUUUGAAGUGUUUCUGGGCAAAGUUAUGUUUUUUCGAGAAGAUAUAAAUAGCUGAACACGCGUCCGAGGAUUAACGUUUUUAUCAAAGUUUGGCACGUGAGUCGGUUCUGCGGACAUUGCAAAAAAGAAGCAAUAUGCUACUUGCAACAUUGACUACAGCGUAUGGCGCGUAUACGGAAUAUGCCAGCUUUUGUAUAGUAGAGAUUAGAAUGAUUAUGGCUGUAAGAUAAUGGGGUUUCUACAAUAAGUUCAUUACCUAAGCUUCAAAUCUUAAGCUAUAAGAAAUUGACCAAUCAUAAUCGAUUAUUCUUUUUACAUUCGACUGUAAUUGGUUAAAGUCUUAUAACUUAAAACUUAGGUAAUAUAGUUUAUUGGAUGAUGAUGCCCAUAACAAUUUUUAUUAUGAUGAUAUACAUAAGCUAAUGAUGUCCGCUGAAUCCCGACAGAGAGAAUCAAAGACAAAGAGAGAGGGAGGAAGAGAAAGAAAAUGCUAAGAGAGGACAAACUAAGAAAAUCAUGCGUAAUCGAGAGGGAGCGAUAAAAGCGAUAGAAGUGAUAGAAGCUUCGUCAUGGUGCCAUCGGCUUUGCCAUCUUUGGCAUCAAAGAAAGCUAUAAACAAGAAAUAAGAGGAAAACUAGGAAUGAUUUUAGGUUUAUUAUUAACGCGUCAUCGCCGUCUGUGUUCUUUCCAAAAUACCUCCGCGAGACAUCGUGCCGCGCCGAGACUCGUCGGUAUGAAAAGAGUCGCUUACAUCGACAUUAGUCAGCUAACUAUAGUUAUGAUUAAGUUAAACUCUUUUUUUCCAGAAAUUAAACUUAAAGUUAUCAAGCAAAUAUUAAUUAUGUGUCUUUACUCUUCCAGAGUCGGAACCUGGAAAGAGAUUCGUCUAUAUUUCUAGGAAGAACUAG